GGGGGCAGUAUGGCGCUGCGCGCUCCGACACGCCACGCUACGCCAGUAGCUGCGCCCAACUGCGCCCGUAUAAACAGCCAGUGAUUGUGGCUAGGCCGUUAAAAAAAGAAAUCGCGCCCCUCAGCCGCAGGGGCAGCCGGCGUUCGCUCGGGGGCGUCAGGAGAAUCCGGGCCUGCAGCCGAGUUUGAUACACGCACGGCACGACGAGAAUGUCGACGUCUCACAGCACCAGGUGGGCUUGAUUGCGCGUUUUUUUUUAAUUUGCACUCCGGCAGCGGUGCCACUAUACGCGGGCGGAGAAAUACUCGGAGCGGGUCGCAAGAAAAGAAGCGCUCGGGCUCUUCCGACGGCGCGCGACUCCGCACGUGGAUUUUCGUCGUUGUUGUGACGCAACGUCGUGUUCGCCCACACGCCGGCGACUCACUCGCUCGAGAUUAGUGUGGCAUACUGCAGCGGCUUGAAACAGCAAAGGAAUCGGAGAGGCAAGAAAAGGCCAAUCGCAAGCUGAGCGCGCUAAUGAAGACUUGAUCCUCCGAUAAUUGAAAAGCGCAUCCGAACGGUAAGCGUACGCGGAAAUUUAAUCGGAGUCUGGGAAGCGCAUGGAUUUUAAUGAAAAGUAACGAGCUGCUGACAGCUGACUGACAACCGCACGCGCGCGCGCCAAUGUAGUCCUGCGGAGACGAGGAAAAGCGAGUGAGAGAGAGAGGGAGCACGUGUUGUGAAUUGGCAAACAAUGAAGCUGGACGAGCAGACGAGCGAGCAUUGAGAGUGACUACCCCCCCCCCCAGCCGACUAAGAUUCAAGGAAGAAAAUUGAGGUCAACAGAAAGAGGAUGGCCUGUCCGUUUUCCAGUUUCGCGCGCCACGGCAGCGGUGGUAGCAACGACAACGAGGAGACCGAUCGGCAAAAGUUCAAGCCCUCCUCGAAGCCGCACAGGAAGGAUGACAGGCUCAAGCCGUGCAGACAGUCCUCGAUGCAGAUCGCUUCGUCGCUUCUCGGAGAGGAGAUCGAGGACAGCGAGGACACGCAGACAAUCAACCUCAAGCAUCUGCGAGCCGCUGUGCUUAUGCUGACCAAUCCAUCGAACGAAGUUAUGGCCGUAGCUCUGGACGCUCUUUUGAGCAAAAGCGAAGUGCCACUUCCAACUUCGGCGUCCCUAGAAAAACUUCUCGACAACGUCGAAAUAGAGGAGAACUACAACCUGCUGGAGGACAUUUACGAGACGCUUAACUACGACUGCGAUAUCGACGCGAACGACUUCCUGGACAGGCUGGGCCAGGAAGUGAUCGCAACCGCGUGCGUAGGCCUGCUGGAGCGAGCUUUCCGGUGUCUGGGCAACGAUCUCGCGGCCUUCCUCACGACCCUCGACGGCGUGAACGACGUUGUCCAGCACCAAUCGGGCUCAGAGACAGAAGCCGAGUUCGUCUGCAUUGCGACUCCCGGAGCGCUGGAGCUGCACUUCACGACAGACCACCCGUCCAUAGCAUACCUGCUGGUUGGAAGCCUCAAGGGCAUCGCCCGGCAAUUUUAUAACGACAAAGCCGACGUGUACAUACUCCCGGAUCCCUAUAAUACCAAGUUUUUUAGAUAUCGCAUAACGCCCGAGCACUUCAGCAGCGAAAUAAGUACAGCGAGCACAACGACGACGACGACGACUACGACGACGAGAAGGACAGACGAGGACGAGGACGAUGAGGAGGCGGAGGAGAAGGAACGUCACGCGUCCCAUUUGCUGUCGCACGAGGCCGCGGAUCUGCGCAUGGGGGUGCCGAGCUUCUGCAAGGCCUUCCCCUGGCAUUUCGUCGUCGACCGGAAUCUCGAGUUCGUACAGCUCGGAGUGGGCUUCAUGCGUAUCUUCGGCCAUCAGCUGAACAGGGACGGACGCGACAUCUCCACCUACUUUCUCUUCACGAGACCCAGAGGCGUGACCCUGACCUUCCACGAGAUCCUCAAGAGGUCCAACACACCCUUUGUACUCACGCUGCAGAAGCCGCCCGGGGCUGACCAAUUCCAGGCUGAGGGCCUCGAAUUCAAAGGACAAAUGGUGCAUUGUCCGGAAUCCGACUCUAUCCUCUUCGUCAGUUCACCUUUUCUAAAUGGAUUAGAAGGACUUACAGGUCGCGGCCUCUUCAUAUCGGAUAUUCCACUUCACGAUGCAACGAGAGACGUUAUUCUCGUCGGCGAGCAAGCGAGAGCUCAGGACGGCUUACGGCGACGCAUGGAUAAAUUGAAGAGCUCCAUUGAAGAGACGAACCGAGCUGUCGAUGCCGAGAGGGAGAAAAACGUCAGCCUCCUCCAUCUUAUCUUCCCACCGGAUAUAGCGAAACGCCUCUGGCUCGGUGAGACUAUUGAAGCAAAGAAUUAUGCAGAUGUUACCAUGCUUUUUAGCGACAUCGUCGGCUUCACAGCUAUUUGCUCGACGGCAACACCCAUGAUGGUCAUAAAUAUGCUUCAGAAUCUUUAUCAACAGUUUGAUUCAUAUUGCGGACAACUUGAUGUCUACAAGGUGGAAACCAUAGGAGAUGCUUACUGUGUAGCGUGUGGCCUGCACAGAAACACGAGCACACAUGCGCAGCAAAUUGCAUGGAUGGGAUUAAAGAUGAUUCAAACUUGUACCCAGCACUCAACCCAUGAUGGCAAACCCAUUAAGAUGAGAAUUGGCAUCCAUACUGGCAUGGUAUUAGCUGGCGUCGUUGGAAAAAAAAUGCCUAGGUAUUGUCUUUUUGGCCACAACGUCACCAUAGCUAAUAAAUUUGAAUCAUCGAGCGAACCGCUCCGAGUAAACAUUAGCCCCACUACAUAUGAAUUUUUAAUGCAAGGGCCUGGAUUCAUUCUAGAGGAAAGGUCUCGAGAUAAUCUACCGAAAGAAAUGCCGCGUGAUACCGAAGGAACGUGCCAUUUCUUGAACGAUUACAAACAUCCAGAAGUCGAAGAAAACGAACCAUUAGACACUCAUAUACAGGCCGCUCUCAAUGAACUCGGAAUAAAUGGUAGUCAGUAGAUUCGACGUCCAAUGCAUCAUACAAGGAAAACAAGCAAGGCUAAAUGCUCGCAAAAAUAUAAAAUUGUACCGAAUAAAUAUGUAUAUGAUCGACCGAGGAGUCGUUAAAUUCAUGAACAACGUGUAAAGAUUUACGAUUCGCGGGUGAUUAAGAUAUUAUACUUUUAAGGGUAAUAGGAUUAUAAUGCAGACAACUUCAUGAGUCGAAAAUUACAUUCUAUUAACUGUAACUAUCGUACCAACACUGUACCAACUUUUCAUGAUAUUAUUUUACUUAAAAAUAUUUUAUUAUUUGUACACAAAUCAUUGUAGUUGUGUAAAGUAACUGCUAUAUUUAACAAAUGAGCUGUAAAAUAAUAAUACGCGUAAAAAAAUCAUUUUUGUCCACAUUAUAACAAAUAAAUCACACAGAAUACGUAAA